AGGAAGAAACGCAAAAGACCGUCAACGGCCGUUUUGUUUUUCACUCGUUUCUGUCUUUUACCCCAAAGAGAAAGCCGCCUCCUCCCCUGUUAUUUUGUUUUAAAAUAUCUCUUUUCCUAGUUGACGUCGCAGCCAUGAGCCAGGCAUCCGUUGAGGCCGCCAUCUUGAAGGCCCUGUCCACCGCGGACGAGGUCCAGUCAACGCAGCUGGCGAAGCAGCUUCACACAGACCAUCAAGUUGUAGUCGGUGCCGCCAAGUCGCUCGAGUCGGACAACUACAUCAAAUCGGAGAUGGGCCAGCAGAUGGUGCUGAAGCUGUCGCACGAGGCCCACGAAAUCAUCGAGGCCGGCAGUCCCGAGUACCUUGUGUGGGAGUUUCUGAAGGACGGUAGGAAGAGCCAGGAGGAGGUGACGAGCAAACUAGGCAAGGAGACGACCGGCGUCGCGCUGGCGAACGGCAUCAAGGCGAAAAUGUUCAAGACGUCCAAGGAGGGCGGGAAGGUCUUUUUGGAACGCGUGCCGGGCAGCGACAGCGUUGUCGACGCCGUUCGCGAAGUUCUCAAGAAGGCCGCCGCUGCUGCCGACCAGAUCGAUGCGAAGACGAUCGAGAUGCUAAAGAAGCGCAAGCUGGCGACGGUGGAGGCGUACAAGACUUUCACCUACACGAAAGGGCCCUCCUACGCGAAGGAGCGGACGGCGAAGGCGGUUGGCGACCUGACCCGUGACAUUCUCAUGGACGGCUCCUGGAAGGAGCGCCAGUUCAAGGAAUACAACUUCUCCGCCCAGGGCGCCGAAGUGGACGGCGGUGCGCUGCAUCCACUGCUGAAGGUGCGUCAGGAGUUCCGCGAGAUCCUCAUGGAGCUCGGCUUCCAGGAGAUGGAUACGCAGCACUGGGCGGAGGUGUCCUUCUGGAACUUCGACUCGCUCAUAAUCCCGCAACAGCACCCCGCUCGCGAUCUGCAGGACACCUUCUUCCUGUCCAAGCCGGAGUCGGCGCAGCUGCAGGAGCUGGACUACGUGGAGCGAGUGAAGACGAUGCACGAGGCGUGCUUCCGCACCCCGUGGAAGAUGGAGGAGGCCACCCGCAACGUCCUGCGCACGCAUACGACCGGCUCCUCGGCCUUUGUCCUCCACAACCUGGCCAAGCACGCGACGCGCGGCGAGGACGGCAAGCUGCACUUCCGCCCUGGCCGCUACUACAGCAUCGACCGCGUCUUCCGUAACGAAGAGAUGGACCGCACCCACUUGUGCGAGUUCCACCAGGUCGAGGGCUUCGUGAUUGACCGCGACAUAUCGCUGGCGAAGAUGAUGCACACCUUCGACUCCUUCUUCCGCCGCAUCGGUGUGUCGCAGCUGCGCUUCAAGCCCGCCUUCAAUCCGUACACUGAGCCCUCCAUGGAGAUCUUCGGCUUCCAUACCGGCCUGAACAAAUGGAUUGAGGUGGGCAACAGCGGCCUCUUCCGCCCUGAGCUGCUGCGUCCGAUGGGCUUCGACGACGAUGUUUCUGUAAUGGCGUGGGGCCUCUCCUUGGAGCGCCCAACGAUGAUCAAGUACGGCAUCAACAACAUUCACGAACUCUUCGGCCACCGCGUGGAUGUCCGCUUCAUCAAGCGUGCGGUCAUUGCGCGCUAUUAA